AUGGACUCGCUGUGGAUGCAGAGCCUGUACACAGCUGUGACUGAGCCCAUACACCAACAACCAAUUCAUUUCCGAGUCCAAGACACACGCAAGUCCCGACCCGCACUGAAGUUGGAGUUAGUGAACGCCGGAUCUCAGCUCAAGCUCCAUGUUUUCUACAUGUUUGUUUUGGAGCUUGGGGACUCCCAGGUUUGUCUCAAAGCCAGUGUCGCAGACCGCUGUGAAGGUCACCCCCCCUGCAGCGAUGGAUUACAGCAGGCACACUCAGGCAGAAUACGAUCCCGCGCCAGAGGGGAGCUCUGCGGGCACAUCGAGGCCUCACCAACCCCUGCGACCCUCCAGAGCUCAUAG